AUGAGACACUACAACUUUGGCGUCGAGAUAGAAUCCAUAGGAAAGCCCUACGGCGGCGGCGAAAGCUUCACAAACGUCGACUGGUACCGACAGCUGGCCCAGAAACUACAAAAUCGAGGCAUCGAAGCCGUUCACGAUGACUGCUCAAGAUACAGCAAGCACCCCGAGUACUACGGCGGCAAAUGGUUCGUCACCCGCGACGGAUCACUCAAACGUCCUCGCCCAUACGUCUGCAUGGAAGUCGUGUCGCCCCGUCUCGACACGACCCUUCACCUCACCCGUAUCCUCAGCGACUUCUGGGAGGCCAUGCGUGUGCACUUCAACCCGCAAAAGGACCAGUCCUGCGGCGGCCACGUCCACGUCACGCCCGUCAGCCGCAAGAACAAGUUCAAGCUGCGCACCCUCAAGCAGAUCGCCUUUGCGGCAAUCGCCUACGAGGACUUUCUGUGGUCUAUGCUUCCCCCGUCCCGGCGCGAGAACCAGUACUGCAAGCUGAAUAGCCAGAGCUCCGGGUCGGGCGUGUGCGAGACCCUGCUCUGGGGCAAGUCCACGUCGAGCCUCAAGCAGGUCGCUUCCGAGAUCAAGGCGUUGCGGAGCGAGACCGACAUCUACAUGUACAUGCAGGGCAACCGAUACGUCCUGUGGAACUUCCAGAACAUCUUCCCGCACCCCAAGACGGGGCGGUGUACGGGCACCGUGGAAUUCAGAGGCGGGAACCAGUUUCUCGGCACAAAGGGAACCCUGGCAUGGGUCGCCUUUGUGCUGGGCUUCAUCACGCUGGCUACCAAGGAGGUUGGUGCACCCCUUCAUCUUUUGUUCUUUGUGUAUGUGCUGGUGCCGAGGGGGGGCUGA